GCCAUAAUGCAGUCAAAACAUGUACCAGCAGGUGCUUAUGUGACAAAAGAUGAUGCUCUGUUGUUUUUUAGUUUUUUUUCUCUGGACUCUGCAGAUGGUUUUGCAUGAGCAUAAAAACGUUCACUACAUCAUCGCUCUACCUUGCACAGGGAGGCUCUGAUGACACUUUAAAACCAUAUUGCCACUAAAACACUUUUACGAGCACAGAGCAUUUUUAUGAAUCUGUAUCUGGAUUUCAUACCCUUAAAUGAAAAGUGGUGAAAAUGAAGCCUCUCUUUAAUAUGCUUGCCGUGAUCUUGUUUUUAUGCCGCAAUGGUGUGUUUGGUGUUGAUGAAGUGUCUGUGAAGGAGGGUGAUUCAGUCACUCUAUACACUGGUGUUGAAGCAAGCAAACUAAAUUAUAUUACAUGGUAUUUUAAUGACACCUGCAUCGCUCAAAUCAAUGGAAAUUUCAGUCAUAAUUGUACAGAUGUUCAGUGUAAUAAUGGCACUGAGAGAUUCAGAGACAGACUGAAGCUGGAUCAUCAGAAUGGAUCUCUGACCAUCAUGGACAUCAGAACCACAGACUCUGGAGUUUAUAAAGUACAGAUCAUCAGCAGCAGCAGCAGCAGUAAAACAAUCAAUGUUGCUGUCACUGGUGUGUCUGCUACUGAACGAAAUCAAAUCAGACAUGUGAUAAACGGAGAAUCUGUCACUCUAGAAUACGUUGAAACAAAAGUCAAAUAUUAUUCAAUAAAGUGGUACUAUAAUGACAAUCUCAUCGCUGAAAGCACUGGAGUUCGGAGUAAGAUCUGUACAGAUGAUCAGUGUAAAGAGAGAUUCAGAAACAGACUGAAGCUGAACCAAACCACUGGAUCUCUGAACAUCACAAACAUGAACAUCACAGACUCUGGACUUUAUCAACUACAGAUCAUCAUCAGCCACAGCAGUCAUUGUAUCACCAGAGUGAAGAGAUUCAACGUCACUGUCUUUUUUCCUGCAGUGGGGAUAUGUGUUAUUGUUGUUUUUCUGCUGAUGAGUGCGACUGUAACUGCUGGUGUGAUCUACUGUCGCCAGAAGAAAUAUAAACCGCAAAUAAUGAAAAUGAGAAUGAUGUUAAUAUCCCCGCCCGAAGGGGGGUAA